AUGUAUUCGAUCGAUGAACGGUUAGGCCUACAACACACCCUAACUGGACACAGCGGAAAGGUGUUGGCGGCGAAAUUUCUCGGUUCCACCUUCCUCGUUACCGGCAGCCACGAUCGGACGCUAAAAAUUUGGGACCUCAAAAACCGAUCCUGCACCGAAACCAAGUUUGCCGGCUCGAGCUGCAACGACCUAGUCACGACGGACAGUCUCUCCUUCAUCAGCGGUCACGUCGACAAGAAGAUACGCUUCUGGGACGUCCGGACGGCGGACUGCACGGCCAACGAGAUUCCGCUGCCGGGCAAAAUUACCUCACUCGAUCUGUCGAAAGACGGCAAGUUCCUGCUGUGCUGUGUGCGAGACGACACGAUCAAUCUGCUCGAUCUACGCCAGAACCGCAUCGUCCGGUUAUUCCGACAUGACAACUUCAAAGUGGGAUGCGAUUGGUCCCGCGUGGCACUCAGUCCGUCCGGCACCCGGAUUGCGGCCGGUUCGGCCGAUGGAUCCGUCUACAUCUGGAACAUCAACGGUCCACUUGAAACGGUGCUGAAGGAUCCAAAGUAA